AGUCAAAACUAAGAUAUUGCCACUAAGUAGCAUCUGCUACGCCUUAUGAGAUUCUGUUGCAACAAUGUCACAACUCAUUACUCGCUCCUCGGUGUGGUCUCAAUGCAUUCCCAACAGGGUUACAUGCCAAGGCGUGACUCAAUUCUAAAACUGAAUACAAAAAAAGACUACGUCAUAACGCUACGUCUCCUUCUGGGUCUCCUUCUGGGUCUCGGUGUGGGUCUCGGUGUGGGUCUCGGUGUGGGUCUCGGUGUGGGUAUCGGUCUCGGUGUGGGUCUCGGUGUGGGUAUCGGUGUGGGUAUCGGUAUCGGUGUGGGUAUCGGUGUGGGUCUCGGUGUGGGUAUCGGUGUGGGUAUCGGUGUGGGUAUCGGUGUGGGUAUCGGUGUGGGUAUCGGUGUGGGUAUCGGNUCGGUGUGGGUAUCGGUGUGGGUAUCGGUGUGGGUAUCGGCGUAACUACGUUUCCUUUAACAACCAAAGAAUAAUUAUAGUGCUUCCUA